CCCCUCCCUCGGCUCGCCGCUGCCAUGAAUUUCUUUUUUUUCUUUUGAAAUUUUGCUUUCCUCUCUCUUUUUCCGCUUUCCCUCCAUGUGUUGUGCAUCAGGAGUGUCCGCGUAAAAUCAGAAUCAUGGCAUUUCAAGAGGAUCUGCAGCAGAAUACCUUGAAGGAGCCGGUUGUGACCGGCUUCCAGAGUAUGGAGGCCGACGACGGCCCUGAGGUGGAUGAAGUCAAGGGAACGCGGUAUGACAUGACCGAGAUGGAUCGCAUGGGUAAGGCCCAGCAGUUUAAGAGGAAUAUCCGUCCUCUAGCAGCGCUCAGUUUCUCCGCAGUGUUGCAAGCGACUUGGGAGUAUAUCUUGCUGUCCAACUACCAAGGUCUGCAGGAUGGCGGACUGGCAGGGAUGUUAUGGACAUAUGUCUGGAGUACCGUUGGAUUCGGCUUCAUCAUCGUUUCCUUGGCUGAGAUGGCCUCUAUGGCCCCUACAUCCGGAGGCCAGUACCAUUGGGUUUCGGAGUUCGCGCCCGCCAGGUAUCAGAAGUUUCUGAGUUAUGUGACGGGCUGGAUGUCGGUUCUUGCCUGGCAAGCAGGCACCGCGUCCGGGUCCUAUUUGACCGGGUCUAUCAUCCAGGGGUUGAUCAGCGUCAGAGACCCUAAUUACGACGCUACCGGCUGGCAGGGCACCUUGUUCGUCUUUGCCAUGAUCCUCGUCGCUUAUUACUUCAACGUGUAUGCCUCGGGUCUCAUGGCUCGCAUGCAGAAUGUGCUGCUUGCCACCCACGUGCUCUGCUGGGUAGUGAUAGUCGUCUCGCUCUGGGUGCUGUCGCCUCGGCAGUCGGCCGAAGCAGUCUUUACCAAGUUCGAGAACUUCGGUGGGUUCUCUUCAAUGGGGUUGACGGUGAUGGUGGGUCAACUCUCUGCCAUCUAUGGCUGCCUCAGCUCGGAUGCGACAGCCCACAUGUCCGAAGAGAUCAAGGAUGCCGGCCGUUACGUGCCGAUCGCCAUCACAUGGUCAUAUUUUGCCAAUGCCAUUCUGGCCUUGAUUGUCCUGAUCACCAUGCUUUUCGCGACUCCCUCCGUGGAAGACGCUCUGAACGAUGCCUCAGGCUACCCACUGAUCUAUGUCUUCAAGCAGGCGACCGAUACGGCGGGCGUCAACGGCUUGAUGGCGAUCAUCUUGAUUCCGGUCAUUCUCAGUAACAUCCUGUUCAACGCCUCCACCGCGCGGCAGACAUUCUCCUUCGCUCGUGACCUGGGCUUGCCGUUCUCGCGAUGGACUGCCAAGGUGGAUGAGAAGCGGAAGCUGCCGGUCAAUUCAGUGAUUCUGACCUGCGUCUUGAGUGCCCUCUUGGCCCUGAUCAACAUCGGCUCGGAGACCGCGUUCAAUGCUGUGGUGUCUCUGAACGUGGCUGCGCUGAUGUUCUCCUAUUCCAUCUCCAUGAGCUGUCUGAUCUGGCGCAAGCUGUACCACCCAGAGAGCUUGCCGCCUGCUCGCUGGGGACUCGGCCGCUAUGGGCUAGCUGUGAAUAUUACUGGAUUGAUCUAUGUUCUCUUCGCGCUAUUCUGGUCCUUCUGGCCGAGCGAGCUCCCUGUCGCAGCUGAUACUUUCAACUGGAGUGUCGUCAUAUUCGGGGCUAUCUUCAUCCUCAGUCUAGUUAUGUACGUUGUCAAGGGCAGAUGGGAGUAUGAGGGACCGGUCACACUUGUGAAAAAGGAUGGCCAUGAUCAAUAGUAGACUGGAAAAAGGGGAGUGUAUAUACUUAUGGAGUAAGCUGUGAAAGUGAGGGAAUCUGGAGAUACAUAGACUGCACACUGAUUGCAUAACUUAUCUAAUUACGAGUAUGCUGACUCAGCGCAUUGCAUGCACUGUGCGGG